AUGUCUAUCAGAAAGGCAUUAGUGACUAUGCGGAAGAAUGGAAGUUCCCACUCAGGAAGGUUGUUUAGUGAUAGAAAAUGGCUUAUUCCAUUUUUUGCGAGCUUGCUAGUGUUUUUAACUCUGUUUUCGUCGGCUACUUUUGGGGUGUUUACAUCUUCUUACGGAGGAGACCAGGUGCCAUUUGACAUGGUUUCGUAUUCAAGACCGGAGGACUCGAGUGGGUAUUUCGUAGAAUCGGAAUUAAAGAAAUGGUUAAAUAGAAGUAAGGAUUCAGAAUUGGAACCACCUAGAUUAGCUUAUCUCAUUUCAGGGACAAAGGGUGAUAGUCAAAGAAUGAUGAGGACUCUGCAGGCUGUGUAUCAUCCUAGAAAUCAGUAUAUUCUACAUUUGGAUCUUGAAGCACCGCCUCGAGAAAGGUUGAUGCUGGGAGGGUAUGUGAAGACUGACCCAACGUUUCAAGAAGUUGGGAAUGUGCGUGUAAUGGCACAGUCCAACUUGGUGACUUAUAAGGGGCCUACAAUGUUUGCCUGUACCCUUCAAGCAAUUGCAAUCAUGUUGAGGGAGAGUUUGGAGUGGGACUGGUUUAUCAAUCUCAGUGCUUCAGAUUAUCCUCUCGUGACUCAAGAUGAUUUGCUCCACGUGUUCUCAAAUUUGUCUAGAAACCUUAAUUUCAUUGAACAUGCACAGCUAACUGGAUGGAAAUUGAACAGCAGGGCAAAACCAAUUAUUGUUGAUCCAGGCCUUUACUUAUCAAAGAAAUCCGACCUUUAUUUAACCACUCAACGUCGAUCACUUCCCACGUCUUUCAAGUUGUUUACUGGUUCGGCAUGGAUAAUGCUAACUCGAUCCUUUCUCGAGUACUGUAUAAUGGGAUGGGAGAACCUUCCACGAACUAUCCUAAUGUACUACACAAAUUUCAUCUCCUCUCCUGAAGGAUAUUUCCACACUGUUAUUUGCAACACUGAAGAAUUCCAAAACACAGCCAUUGGCCAUGAUCUCCACUACAUAGCCUGGGACAAUCCUCCUAAGCAACACCCUGUCUCUUUGACAAUGAAAGACUUCGAUAGAAUGGUUAAAAGCAAUGCUCCAUUUGCCCGAAAAUUUGCAAGGAAUGAUCCAGUUUUAAACAAGAUUGAUAAAGAGAUUCUAAACCGCACAGGCAGGUUUGCUCCUGGAGCAUGGUGUAUCGGCAGCUCGGACAAUGGAUCUGAUCCAUGCUCUGUGCGUGGUAGUUAUUCAGUAUUUAGACCCGGUCCUGGUGCUGAGAGGUUGCAUGAACUGCUUAAGACAUUGUUGUCCAACGAUUUUCGGAAAAAACAGUGUUCAUGA